AAAAGCCCUAUGGCUGUUUUUUAAAAAAUAUAUACCAUUGUCAUAACUAUUAGUAAGGUUAAUGAAUGCUAUUAAUUUUUCUUGAAGGAAUAAAAAGGAAGAAAAAAAACAUUGCCCAAGGCUCUCCAACUCUCACAUACGUGUAAUUAUUCAGAUGGACUGAUCAGUAAGUGGGUACCAAAUUCAAUUUUGCUUAUGACCUUAUUCAAUCUGGCGUGAUCACAAUAAAAUGCUGUGCGGUUUAUACGUGACCUGCGUGUAAAUGUCUUUCAAGGCUCGGAGCGUGACAGUUAUAUCACUUCGUUUGAGGUCGCAGGGAGACAACCCCUUACGUUGAUACAGGUAACCGAGGCGUGGCCAGGCGCACAGGUGGAAAAAAAAAAAAGCAAGCUCAUCACCUGGCAGCCGUUAUUUCUCUUCCCGUCCUGCACUGUAGCGCUGUGCUCCGGUUAUGGCCUCGAGUGGCGUGGGGAAGUGCUUGCUGUUCUUCUUCCUCGCCUUGGCGUUCGACGCCGGCGGCCUGGCGAUGCUCCUCGUCGGCAUUUUCGGCAACCUGACCGCAGACGGCCGCUUCUACGGGGACUUCCUCAUCUACACGGGCUCCAUCAUCAUUUUCUUCAGCCUGAUGUGGUGGGUGUUGUGGUACACGGGGAACGUGCACCUGUACGCGCCGGGAUACAGGAGGGACUCUCUGGACGCCAGCCUCACGCAGUGGGCCAGGAAGUUGUCCGAGAGGUUCUCCAAGGGCGGCGGCGGCAAGAAGCCCCUGGAAGCGGCGGAGGGUGAGCAGGAGAUGAAGAAAAAGAAGAUACGUGGAGAGGUGGUGGAGGCGAAGGGGACCGUGCGCUUCUCUGCGCCGCCUCGGAUUACAUGGGAAGCCGGCGGCGGAGGUCAGGAUAACGGGGGCUUUGACGGAUGGAGCGAGUGCGCAUCUCCGACUGAUAAAAACGUGGAGCUGGGGGUCCUGACGGUGGCGGAGGCGGUUCUGCAGGCGGGAGACACUAAAGCAGAGAGGCUCCUCUGACAGCAUGUUGAGAGAUCUUCAGUGACCCAUGGCAGUUUUUAAUUAAUGAGCCUGACCGUUUGUGCUCACCUUCACACUUCAGCAGUAUUUUAGCCGUCAGUUUGCUUGUAAGCGGCUGGCCAGUCAGACACCCUGUGGGCAUAAAGGCACAAUUGCAUUUUUAAUGGAACUCUGCAGCACUUAUUGAUCCGGUGGAAUGGAGUGCGAUGGGUACGGCGAUUGGGUUUUAGCCGCGGCUGAGCCGCCGAAGGAAUGCGAGGAUCUUAUCUUAUUCUGCAUAAUGCCCACUGAUGCCAUCCCACUAGCUAUAAAUGGGUGUGGUCUUUUUUUCUUCUUCUUUUUU